AUGAUUUCUUCCCAUAACUUCCGACAUAGUAAAAUUUUAAGACAAUUAUCUUCAUCAACACCAUCGUGGAUGACAGAGUCAAGUAAUACCAUUGAUAUUGAUGUAUCGGAACGAUCAUCAUCAAAUUCUGCAAAUUCAUACAUUUUCAAUUUUCUAAAUAAUAUUUUACUUCCAAUCACUGGUGUCUUUGGUGUAUUAACCAUAUUAUUAUUAUUCACAAACUACGGAGAUGAUCUACUUGAUAAUGUUUUAUGGACAGAUUUGACAAAUCACAAGUUCACAUAG